AAAAAAAGAACAGACACAAAAUGUUGUACUGUUGUCACCACCGCUUUUAACGUGUUCAACAAAAGUAUGGUAGGCUAGCGUUCAGUUUAGUUGUCACAGUUUAUGCCCCCGCCAUAGCAAUACAAGACUACGGUUGAAGUUAUUGGGUUUGCUUUUCUUACUUUAACUGUAACGUUACAACCGGAUAGCGAGUUUUUGACUGCGACAGUAAUGCUAAGUGGCUAACAAGAAAGCUAUGGGUCCUGUUAGCGCCGAUACAAGCAACGGUAUUUCACCACCCAUUUUGCUCGAACAAAUAUGACAACAAACUACCUUUUUUAAAACAGGACGUUGACUUCCCGUCGAUGUACAAGUAAAACUAUAACGACUUUGAAUCCGUACAGUUGGUUAUGUUGUUACAUUGGCUCUUGCCAGUGUUUUACGACAACGGCUAUGUUUUACGUUCAAAGCGGUGGCCUACUUUCCUCACGGUUAAAAACAAUGCGGAUGGCUCGCCUCGUAGAUUAUUCGGGCACUAGUCGUUUGUAGAUCUACUAAAUGUCAAACGAGGCACCUGGCUGUCGUAAAGCACGGAAACCGAGACGUGAACUUCAUCUAACUAGCGAGCAACUAGCGAACAAAUGUUUGAAAUACUAACGUUAGGUUACCGUUAGUGUUGUUCGUGUGAUAGUUAGCUUGAUAUUAACAAUUGUUUCAGAGACAUUUUCGUGUCGUUUGGCCAGAGUAGCUAACGUUAGCUAGCUAGUUGACGUUAUGGACGUUUUACGUCCAGCUCUUAUCAAUAUAAAUGGGAGAUUGUACCGAAGAAAUAUCACUAAGGAAGAACAUUAUGAGGAAGAAGAAGAAGGAGAAGAAGAAGAUUUGUCUUACAUGGGGCCACCAGAGAUUGAAGACCUCGCAGAAGAUGAAACCUGUGAUGCCAUCUUCAUCGAGCAGACUGAGAAGGGAUACCGCUGUGCUUUUGAUGUCCCAAGUGUUCUCUACAAAUACAUCAUUGGGAAAAAGGGAGAGACACGCAAACGUCUGGAGUUUGACACAAAGACAUCCAUCAGCAUCCCCAAACCAGGAGUGGAAGGACAGAUUGUCGUCACAGGUUCCCACAAAGCUGCAGUCUCAUCUGCAGUCACGCGGCUCGAGGUCCUCGUCGAGGGUUUCCGGAAGAAGCAACCUUUCACGCAUUUCCUGUCAUUUCCUUUGAAUAAUUCCCAAAUUCAAGAAGGAUUCCUGAGCUUUAAAGACGAGGUGUUGCAGCAGUGCUCAAAGGAUCAUGGAGUGGAGGGAAGCAUCUUCCAGAACCCUGCAAAGCUCCACCUGACAAUCGGCACCCUGGCUCUAUUAAACGACACAGAAGUGAAAAAAGCCUGUGAACACCUUCAAGAGUGUCAAAACUUUAUCAGAGAAAUCACAGAGGGAAAUCCUCUGACGUUGGACGUGACGGGUAUAGAGUACAUGAAUGAUGACCCAGCCAUGGUGGACGUCUUGUAUGCCAAAGUCAACGUGAAAGACAAAUCUGACAAGUUGCAGGUGAUUGCGGACCGGCUGGUAGAGCACUUUGUCUCAGCGGGACUGAUGGUCAGAGAGUGGGACAGAGUGAAGCUACACGCCACUGUGAUGAACACUCUGUUCAGAAAGGACUCCACGGUCGAGGACACAGACGGCCCCAGAAGACAAACCACAAGUGAACGAGAAGCUUUUGAUGCCAGAAACAUAUUGAAGAAAUUUGGUGCUUAUCGUUUUGGAGAGGUUAAGCUGAACUCUGUCCUGCUGUCUCAGAGAUAUUCGACAGAUUGUUCGGGUUACUACACGUCUGCAGGGAGCACCAACUUCUCAUGAGCUUCAAGAAGACCGAGCGUAUUCUGAGGUGCACAAUGAAUCAUUUAAAAGUUUGCAGCCAAACAUUGAAGUAUUCUCCACUAGAUGGCAGCAUAGUUUUUUUUGUUUGUUUCUUUUGCAAAUGACUUGCACCUCAUCUGUAACCAAAUUCCAAAAUGUUUUUUCUAAAACACAUUAAAUUUCACUCAAAAGAUGACAAGCAAAAAUUCCUCUGAAAUGCUUACAGUAAGUUAGUCACAAUUCUGUUUUUUUAAGCCUCCCUGGUUCUCUUCAGGGAGUCUCAGUCAAACACCAUCAAAAUAAAUGCAUUUAUAAUUAGAACAGGCUGUCAAAAAGGAAACAUAAACAAAGUGAGAAUUUACAUAAAACCGUUACUCUUACGUGUUUGGGGAUUGGUUCAUAGUGGAUGGAUCCCACCAGUAAAUUAAUGUAAGGUUGGCUAUUUUCAUAGAGGAGGAAAUUAUGGUCGUUGUAUGCGAAAUGUGGAUUGUUGAAGAAAAUAUCAGCUCUGAUCGAUGUCUCUGUAAUGAUGUAUCAAAUAUAUAAAAUGGGACAUUUUGUGGAGCAAACUGGCCAAAAGCACAUCAAGUACAUUUCCUGUUCUUCAUUUCAUCAUUUGAUUUGCUACUUUACACCUCACCGAUUACUCAUCACGGUCUGUGAGUGAGGGUGCACUACUGCGUCACGGCUACAUCUGUUACAGAAUAUUGGGAGGGCGGCUGUGGCUGCAUGCUCAGAGACCUCUCGUGCUUGUGAUGAUUCACGCUUUCUCAAAACGCCUUUUAAUGUUCAGACUGCACAUGAACUCCCCACCAACCAUUCUUAGUCGGCAAGUGAUAACACCGCCGAGUCCGUCACCACUACGCAUGGCGUGUUCUGCAAGAUUUACCUGUCAGUGACGACAGCUGAUGAAGCCUAUUAGACUUUUCUCGCCAUUCCUUGACCAAUAAUAUUUCAACGAACUCCGGCUUUUGCCACGUAGUGAGACUCAAACAUUUAGGAAAUUGGACGUUUUGAAAUGCCUGAACUUUCAUAGCUGGUGAAAGAUUCUGGUUUUAUGCUGAUCAUAACCACGUAUUACCCAAUUACUUUCCCUCUCACUGCCUCAUGAACGUGUUAAUGCGUCACUGACAUGAUUUAUUACACCAGUCUUUUUUCCCCACCUCUUUUAUCAGUGUCGUCCCCACAUGAAGCCACAACCCCGUUCCCACUCCCGUCUGUCGAAUGUGUCAGUGAAUACAGACAUCGGACACAGAGCCUGGCCACUCGCGCACGCUCCCUCUCUCCCGCCGUCAUAACGUUUCUCAACCCUCCCCUCGGGGGGGGGGGGGGGGGGAUGCGCUCUGCUUGGCAUGCAGGAACGCACGUAAAGCACAGCGGCCAAAAGUUACACUGAUGAAAACUGAGGGCGCUGCUUUGUUUGUCAGCUCAGCCAUCCCAUUUCAGCAGUGGCGUGACUCCUCCUCCCCCCCCCCCCUCUUCUGUUGUCCCGGGGCGAUGUCAACAGACGCCAUUACACGGGGACAUGCAAAUUACAUCACCGGGAAACAGCCGGCCAGUUGAGCCGUCCGUGCAUUGACAUUGAAAAUGUAUUUUAUCAGAGCCGCGAUAAAAGGCGCCUAAUUAUCCGCUGCCUGUCUCCUGAGAGCGGGCUUGUGUAGGAGCACACAACCCGCAUAAUGCCACUCUCAGGUAACUGAUACAGGCAGGAUUCUGGGAAUUGCCAACACUUGCUUAUAAGCACACGGAGCAGGAGAGAGAGAGAGAGAGAGAGGGAGGGAGGGGGAGAGAGAGGGAGAGAGAGAGAAGGUGACUUGCAAGCUAAUGAAAUUCAUUGAGAAUGUGUGUCCUUGCUUUUUUUGGCAGGGAAAUGAUUAAGGAUGCGUUGGACAGAUGUUUUCCCUAAUUAUCGUACUAAAAACACACAUACGUCAUCUACAAACAUUUAAAUUCUAUCUAGUUUUAAAGAUUUGCAGUAUGUGUUUUGUUGCACAUAUUGGUCAUUUUGUUUAGUAUUGUUUUUCUUUAUGAUUUUUAUGAAAACAAAUGUAAGCAUUUAAUAAAUGUUUUAUAACA